UAUACGUGUUCAUUGCUCCGGAAGCCAGUGGCAGUAGUGCUAAUAUUCAAAAUCGUUGCAAUUGGGACACGCUUCGUAUCUUUGAUCUUGAACGCGAGGAAGUUUGUGGUGCAAAUGAUAACAAUCGGCGUCGAACGUGGUUCUGGGAUUUUUAUAUGGCUCGCGGUAUGACGCGAAAUCUAGGUUAACCUAAAAUCCAUUCUAGCCUUACUCGGGCACCCAUUCAUAUGGUGCGAGUUAUGAAAUUGUUACGUCUCAGGAAGAGCUGAAGCUUUCACCAGUUGAAUGAAAUGUAUCCCGCCAGGACGCACGGAGUUCGACGGAAAUUUAAUCUCCUGAUUUUCUCGGCGACUUUUCUCAGCGCUUUCGUCCCGCGAGCGAAUUGCCUCGAAGUUAUUUACGCUAUUAAUGCCGGCGGUGAAGCGCACACCGAUAGCUAUGGCAUCACGUAUGUUAGAGACCCCCUCUUGAUGAGUAAGGUAGGAACAGCUUCGGAUUAUGGAAAACAACUGAUAAUCGGUCGUGUGAACGCCAUGGAUCAGAUAUUAUACCAGACCGAGCGUUAUCACCACAGUACGUUUAGCUAUGAAAUACCGAUCAGUGAGGAUGGGGAUUACGUCAUGAUUUUGAAAUUCUGUGAGGUUUACUUCAACUCACCGAACAUGAAGGUAUUUGACGUCGUUUUAAAUGGAGAUCAUACAGUCGUUACCGACCUAGAUAUUUUCGAGAGGGUUGGUAGGGGCAUUGCGCACGACGAAUACAUUCCAUUCAAAGUACAAAGGGGCAAGUUGAUAUACAAUGAUGAAGAGUCGGAUAUACUUGGCGGUAAAAUCCGAGUAGAAUUUAUAAAGGGUUAUCGGGAUAAUCCAAAGAUAAAUGCCAUUGCUGUAAUCAAGGGAAAACUGGAGGAUGUUCCUCAACUUGAACCGAUACCUCAUGAAGCGGAAGAAUAUCACGGCAUGCAAGAGGAUGAAGAGGAAUCCAUCGUAAGGAAUAGGCACACAAGUGGUCCUCGCACGCCAGAUCCUUAUUCCAUGGACGAUUCGUCGGUCAUGUUGCCAGUUUUUAUAGCAAUCGGUGCUUUCAUACCUCUACUGUUUUGCCUGUGCAAGCUGUAACCAAACGAGGAGAGGACCUUGCCAAAAGAAACCUUGCAUACUUAAUAACAUGUACAUUACACCUAGCACAAUAUCUGACUUCGAUCGAAUCUAACUCGCGAGAGAAAGACUUUACCAUAAUUUGCGAUAAAGUAGCGAUAUAGUAGGACUAUUUUAAAUUAUUCUAAUAGGUCAUAAUAAUAUUUAAUAUUUAUUUUCUAGAUUUUAUAAAUCACCCAGCAGGCAGAGUUAAUGGUUUGGUAGGAUCGUCACAUGAGUUAACAUCCCCUGAAUAGACCUCUAGAUAUCGUUAAUGGGAAAUAAUUUAUGAGUGUUAUCAAAGUGGUUUGCAUCGUAUUAUCUAUUUUAUGGGCGUUUACUAUCGCGUCUCCUAAGUGAAUGUGUAUAUUUGCGUUCUAUGGAGCGGUGUAGAGUGCAGCAAUCAUUUGAACCAGGCUCGAACAGUCACUAUCGUGAAUAAAGCUGUUAUGAAUUGUUCAA